AAUUAGGGUAUAUAUAUAGCUGCAAUCGCAGCUAACGAAUGAUAACGAAGGAGAAGCUAUCCACUAAAACUUUGUUUAGUUUUCGACUCAUUGAACAAAGAUUAGUGUUGUAAUAAAAUUUAAACGAUAUAUCAUCGACUGUAUUUAAUAUAUUGUGCAUUCCUUUCAGUGAUACUCAUAUAAUAGUCAUAUAUUUUCUGUAAAAUAUUUCCACACUACAGAGGAAGAAAUAUGGCGUCAGAAAAUUCUACUGUUGAUACCGUUUCUACCAAGUUAUAUACGCGAGCAGAAGUUGCCAACCAUGUCGAAAGUGACAAAUUAUGGCUUAUUAUUAACAAUAAAGUUUAUGAUGUGACAGACUUUUAUCGUGAGCAUCCAGGUGGCGAAGAAGUUCUUUUAGAACAAAACGGUAAAGAUGUAACGGAAAUAUUUGAAGACAUCGGUCAUUCAAGCGAUGCUAGACAAAUGAUGGAGUCAUAUAAAAUAGGGGAAAUAGUAAAAAGUGAAAGGACAAAGGGAAAUGCUUCUGUAUUAAAUGGAAUAUCCGAAGAAGAAAAUACCAGUGGUUCUUGGAGAUCAUGGCUAAUACCUAUCGCACUUGGAGUUCUGGCGACAUUUGUUUACCGUUAUUUUAUCAAAGCACAUUGAAUCAUUCCUGAUAAUUAUUUUUUGUAAUUUGUAUAAAUAAUUGUUACAAAUAAUCAAUCAAAAAAUGUUAUAUAUAUUGCACAUAAUUACAGUUUUUUCAUGAUAUGAAAUUGCAUAUAGAAGAUGGCCUAGUAUAAAAUCAUUUAUAAGAUGUCAAAGUUCAUUUGUGUCACCAAACAGAAUGGAGGUAUAUAUGAAUACAAGAAUACGCUAACUUUAUUUGUAUAAUUGUAUCGGGUCACUAACACAAGGGGACAAGCUUUAAUUUUAAAACAUAAUAUAUUUAAAGAGAAUAGUUUUAUGAGAAAAGUUCAUUGUCAGUAAUACAACAGCCUUAUUAAAAUAUAUAUUUGUUUCUAUAUGCUUAGAAAAUGAUACAUCAAUUAUAGAUGCAAGCAAUGUUUAAGUCAUUGUUAAGUUUGUAUUUAUCACAGUUAAGAAGACUAAAAAUUAAGUAAAAUGCUUGCACUCAAAUGACAAAAUAUAUAGUUGACGAAACAACAAAUUUUUAUUUUUGUAAU